AUGAAGAAGAGCGUGCCGAUGUUCUCUCCUCCCUUUGUCAAGUUUGCCCGAGCGUCGGCUGCUCCUGCGGCCCUGAUAACGCUGGCACGCUCGAAACUGAACCCUGAUUCUAGAUUUCUCUGGGCCAUGGGAGGCUGCUCCUGCGAUUUCGUGGCCUCGCGGAACUUCUCCGCUUCGGGCUCUCCGGGGCUGCCUCCCAAUCCUGCACGGUCCCUCCAAACUGAGUCGCAACGACGGAUUUUGAGCCCUGCUGGAUGUUCCCGGCCUAAUUCCGCAGCUGCCUUCGAGUCGGAGGAGAAUCCGACCACUCCGUCGCUCGUGGUUGUGUCCUUCUACAAAUUUGCUGAUUUCCCAGACCAUCUGGAUUUUAAGAGGCCGCUGAAGGAUCUAUGCCAAGCUGUGGUGAGGAAAUGAAAACGAAACAGUAGUUUUGUCAUCUCAUUUUGCGUAUGUACUUGUACUUUUCUAUGAUUGAAGCAAUUUGAACCCGUUACCGUCAUCUGUCAAACGGCAUUAUCACGUAAAACGCUGGAGUGAUUUGUUUUCUUCUCAAAUCUUAUAAAGAUUCUGGGAUCAGUACAAGAUGGCUUUCAACUUGGGUUUUAUUUUUUCUAUCUCUUCCCCUUUCUACUUUAUCUAGUCCAUAGUCUAGGCCGAUGUAGAUCCCGGGAACCUGCGUGUUUUUAUGCUGUUAGAAACUAAAUCUGGUGUUCUGGUUCGGCGUUCUGAUUCUUCAAACCAUACUCCAGAGUCUGUUGUUAAUCUGUAUCUCCAUGUGAUCGUAUCAGCUUCGUGCUUUUGGCCGAUGUCUUUUGUCUUGCAUUUUUCAUCUGAAAAUUUUGCUGAGAUUAUGGUUGUUUUUUCUUUUUAUCUACUCUAAUAUAGCUGUUCCUCACUUAAAUUGCAUAACCUCCACAUUCUCUGGUAACAGUUUUUUCACGGAGGAUACGUUUUCUUUUUCCUACUACAUGUCUUCUGGGGUUGUUUUUCACCAACAUGAUCAUGCUCAGCGUGUCUCAGGCGGCAUAAUUCUUGCACCAGAAGGCAUCAAUGGAAGUAUAUGUGGUUCAAGGGAGUCGGUUGAAAAGGUUCUGGGUUUCAUUCAGUCUGAGAGACGCCUGAAAGGGCUACGAAUGGUCGAAUCACCUGUCAGUCCGGAGGAAGAGGCUCUCCAUCACGGACACAGCAGCCAUUCUCCUCUUGGAGCAGGGGAAGAUGCCCCUUUUAGAUGGGAUCAUGUGCGCGUGAAAGUGAAAAAAGAGGUGCGACUUUAUUUAGGUUUAGCAAGCUGUUUCCUUUUUCAUAUUUUACUUUCCCAGGAUUACUAGUAAUUUUCUGUACAUAUUAACAGAUUGUAUCAUUUGGAGAUCCCUUGGUAUCACCCAUCGAAAGAGUCGGAACAUAUGUGAAUCCAAAGGAGUGGAAUGCAUUGAUAACAGAUCCCGACACUGUGAGUGAUUAGCUUAGAUGAUAAAUUUUGUUGUUCGCAUGAAACCUGCAAGUGAGAGCUUUGCAUUUGGAUUCUGUCAAGCUUUUGAUCUUCCGUACUUGAGUCAUCUUGGGGCGGAAAAAAUAUUAAUUGGGUGUCUGGCUUUCACUAGGUGAAUGUUCCAUGCAUGCCCACAAGAUAUAAUCGAAAAUUUUCCAAUCAAUCUGCUUUGGUUUAAAAUCUAAAAGGCGAUUUAAUGGCUCGGUGAGGUCCUUGUGCAGGCUGCCUUGCGUGAUGUCAGCCCUGUACAUUGUCAGACAACAUGGCAGUAAAAUGGAACUCUAGAUCAGAAAGAAUCACUGGAAGGCUUCUAUAACCCGUCAGCCAUUGGGGAAACCGGUUCUGUUAUUGUAGUUUAAGCGCAUCUGGAAGUGACCUUCAAGAACUUCACACCAGCUUUGAAGAUACUCUAAGCAAAUUGGGAAAGACUCACGUACUUGUGCAUGCAUAAAUAUGCGAAGGAUUCAACUCACUGAUACCUUUCCUCAGGCACAGAUAGUUACAAACCGGGACAACAUCACUACAUUUUUCUAAGGCCUUGUUUUGAAAUACCGACGUUUUCAAAUUUGCAAUAGUGAUUUCUCUCUUCUACUAGGGCGAUAAGCGUUCUCAUUUUUCUAAAUCUUAUUUAAGAUUCCGAAAUUUCACACUUUGGCAUGAUCUGAUCAUCCAGAUCUCAGGAAAGCGAUGUGUUUUUCUAUUUUGCUUUUUUGAUUCCUCUGAAUUGUUAAUAUUGUAGAAUUGCCAUGCAAUGUUCUGAAAGCAUGACGAGGGACGGGGAAAUAUCAUGAUUCCAAUCUUCAGAGGUUGUUCUCUUUGAAGGCACAGUAGAGGAUUUUGGUCAACGCGUUUCUUGUUUGAGUGGCUUAGUUAAUUUUGCGGAGGUUUGGAAGACGGUUAAUCUCCAUCUGGUAUAAGAAUAAUAUGGUAAUGGGGAUAAGUUAUGCCCUCCUUCCGUUUGGAAUUCAAUCAAAUGGUGGGGAUGGGUAAAUAUUAUCUUUAGGAAUAAAAUGUGAGGAUGAGUCAUUUCCACCUAAAGUCUGGACUGCUCCUCGUACCCACUUCACUUCCAUCUUCUUGAUGGUGUGAAGUGCCGUGGUGAGCUAUUUGCUAUUGGUGAUUUAGGAUUAUGGCUAGAACUUGUUCCCGCGAGCUCAUGCCCUCACUUUAUCAUCAGGAGGUGAGAAUUCUGCUGCCAAAAUCCUCAGAGAAGCUUUUAGGUUCCACUCCCUCUUCAAGAGCCAUUUGUUGAAUCCGAUCUUAUUUCAUAUAAAUGAGUAUUUUGGCCAUGUCUGUGACCUUAUUUCUCUCUUCAUAUUUGUCUCCAAGCAUUGAUGUAUUAGUUUCGAAGUUUAGUGGGGAUGUUGCUGAUCUAUGCUGCUUUAUUUGUUUAAUUUUUGCCCACUUUUUCUUCUCACGGUCAGUUUUUUGCAGAUUGUUAUUGACGUGAGAAAUACAUAUGAAACACGGAUCGGAAAGUUCAAAGGAGCGGUGGAUCCUCGUACAUCAGCCUUCAGAGAAUUUCCAGCUUGGGUGGACGACCAGUUUCAAUUGGAAGAAUCCGACGACCGGGACUUGGAGCAGCAACUUGGUGGGAUAUAUCCCGCUGAAGAGCAGCCUGGCCACAGAAGUCCGAGGAGACUUCCUCCUGUUGCAAUGUACUGCACGGGUGGCAUCAGAUGUGAGAAGGCCUCAAGUUUUCUCUUGAGCAAAGGCUUCAAAGAGGUCUGUGGAGUUGUGUUUUUUCAUCAUUUUAUUUCAUAAAAUAAAUUUAGAACGGAGAUUGGCGGAUUUUCUUUGCCAUAUCGAGCCAAACCCAUGGUUAAAAGACGAGAUUUUCCGUUGUUUGCGAUCAUGAGAGCUAUGAUCGCGGGUAAGAUAAACUUAUUGUCGUCACAAUAGAGGUACCCUUUCUUAGGUGAUAUUUUUUCAAUAUAAAACCAGAGACGAAUCUACAGAAAGACGAUAUUAGUCCGCUAUUCUUUUUCUCCAUGGUUUUGUGAAGUUCAGAUUGACAUGUCCGAUCGUGUUUUGUCAGGUUUAUCAUCUGGAAGGAGGGAUCUUGAAGUACCUGGAGGAAAUCCCCAAGCUAGAGAGCCUCUGGGAGGGUGAAUGCUUCGUCUUCGAUAAGAGGGUUUCGGUUGAACAUGGAUUGGCCCAGGGAAGCUUCAAGCUCUGCUAUGGCUGUAAACAACCUGUGAGCGACGAAGACAUGACAUCCCCGCAGUGGGAGCAUGGAGUCUCCUGCCCGCAUUGCUUCGCCUCCAAAUCUGAGGAGGAAAAGGAAAGAGCGAGAGCCCGCCAGAGGCAGUUCGAAGCUUGGGGCGUCAUCGGUGGGCCCGACAAGGGCCGCCGGAGUCCUCCCAGAGCUGAUGGGGUGGAGAAGAAGGUCAACCCAGUUCCUCAUACGAUUUAG